UCUACUACACCUGCUAGUAAAUUAUUUGCCAUAUAGAAAUAUAAUUUCUACCAAAAACAGUGAUUGAUCAGUGUUUUUAGAUUGUCAGGAAGUGUUGGUUGAUUUGUUAGUUUCAUUAAUGAGUUACAGGAUUACAUCAGAGGAACUGACUCUCUUCCUGCAUUGUUUUCUGGAAAAGACUUUGCCCACUGAGAUGCUCCUAAAAGGAAUUUUGAAUAUUUACAGAGGCUAACAACAACAUCGUACCUCUGAAAUACUUGACCUUUCCCCUUCAACAAAACACAGGUGGGGUGACUGGUUCAGUACAGAAAUCUCCUGGUUGUGCCACUGGAAAAAUGAGCGGAUUCUUCAAAAGAGCUAAAGUUUGGCACAGUAAAGAUAUGCAUGGUGACACCUUGCUUUCGUCAUGGCACAUUGCACCUAUCCAUUUACCUUUGGUUGGUCAAAACUGUUGGCCACACAUGUCAGAUGGAUUUAGUUUUACAAUUUGGUUGAAAAUGGAGUACAGUGUGGACCUGGAAUAUUUGAUAAAAGGAAAACACAUUAAAAAAAAGAAUAAAAUGGUUCCCAUUCAGAUGCAAAACACAGAAGCUGACAAUGCUCUUGGAACAGAUUGUUCCAGUAAUGACAGGCUUGUAGAUGAUGGUUGCAUACAUCUGCUGUCCAUGGGUUCUAAAGUGCUGAUGAUGCAGAUCUGGGUUUGCAUGACAACAGGACGGCUUAUUUUCAGGAUGUGCACACAUGUAAAUGAUGAUUUAAAAUGCAUCCUUCUGGCACAAUUUGAAACACAAGAAAACAUUUUCCAUCCUGGAAAUUGGCAGCAUUUGGCUUUCACUUACAAAGAGCUGUCCGAAAGUAAGAAUAAAGUCUACAGCAAAAUACUGAUGUGGGUCUCUGGACAAAGGAAAGCCGAAGUUACUUUAGAAUAUAAUCCUCCGCGGAAAGGAAGCCUUUCAUCUGACAGCAACAGAACUUUUUGUAUGGUUGGACAUCAAACAUCUCAAGAAGAUACCAUUGCUACAGUAGGACAGAUGAGUUUGGGAAAUUUGCUGCUUUUCAAUGGUCCAAGUCUUGGUGCAGAAGAAGCAUUUGAUCUUUAUUGUCAAGGUCCAGAUUUUACAUCAUUAAUGACUUGCAAGUAUGGCAACAGUAAUAUUGAUCAUUGCAAGUACAUUUCUAGAGAAAUUCUUCAGAAUGAGCAAAUUUGUGAAUUUUUAAUGAAAAGCGGAGAAAUGGACAUGAGCUUGUUAGCAGACAGUUUAGCAAUCGUGUAUGAUAUGCACAAUCCAACUCAGUACACAAUUUAUGAGCCGGUAAUCAGGAUUAAAGGAAGUAUAAAACUUGCAUCAUCCCAAAGACCAUUCAGUGCAAAGGAAGUGUCUAGCAAAACUCUGGAUUCCCAGGCACUGAAAAUGCUGCAACCAUGCCUUGAGGGAAACAUACACAGUGUUCUGCAUGAGAUUGGAGGAAUUCGAGCCAUGGUGUAUUUGUUUGCACGGACUGUGGAGAUUAGCAGCUGUGAAAAGACUCAAUCAAUGGGAUUAGAGAUAAUAUUGUCCUUUAACCAAAUACAACCAGCAGAGAAUUCAAGAGAGCAAACACUGUGAUCUUUAUUCAAUGAUUCACCAAAUCUUAGUACGUCCUAAAUGCAUUGUCGGAUUUCAUACUUUAAAGAUUCUUCUGUAUGGAUGCACUGGUGAUUGGUUGCUCAGCAUAAAUGAAAAUGGACAAUUCACUCUCAAGUUUGAUUCUACUGCAGUGAUCAAAGACAUUCAGUUACUAGAACAUUUGCUACUAGAUUGGAAAAUUUGGUCCAAAGCAGAGGAAGGUGUCUGGGAAAUGUUACUGACCUCAUUACAGAUACUUAUCAGAGAUAACCAUCCACUUAAGGUGUUCAAUAUAAAGCAGUUCCUAAAAGCCAGAGUGGUACAUCACUUUCUGCUUGCUUGUCAAAUUCUUCAGGAACACAAAGAUGAACACAUUACAUCUAUUCCUCAAGACGUUUGUGUAUCAUAUAUCAGGAUCAUUGAGGAAGUACUUGGAUCUCCUCCUGAACUGGAUCUUCUUGAGUUAAUAUUCAGUUUCCUCUUGGCAGUUCACCCUCCAACAAACACUUAUGUUUGCCAUAACCCUAACAAUUUCUUCUUCUCCUUACACAUUGACGACAAGAUAUUUCAAGAAAAACUAAAGUCAUUUAUACAUCAGAGACAUUCCAGUCUUGGAGGACAAUCUGCUUUAAGUAAUGUGUUUUUAAGCAAAAGCCCUUCAGAGUUUUCAGACACACUGGAGAAAGGUACUGAUGUCGCAAUGUUUUCGUCGCAGCAGCAUAUACAUCUCUCUGUGGUAGAAAGGUCUCGUUCCAAGAGUUUACCUGCUUCCCCUUCAUGUUCACCUAAAGUAUAUCCAAAGGUAUUGGGAGGAAGCCUUUCUAAAGUUUUGAUUGACCUUCCAGAGUCUACAGAGAAUGACCAAAGCAAUGAAGACAAACUUUGCAGUAAUGAGCAUAAAUUGGAUGUGCUGAAAAAACAGGAAGAACAGUAUAUCAGCAGCUGUGAGUCAGCACAGACAGUCUGUGAUUCCCUGACACUUCCCAAUGGUAUCAGAAUUACUGAGCCUUCAAAGGAGGAUUUUGGUCAAUCGGACAUAAGUUUGGAGGUUACAACCGAUGAUUCAGGCAAAGUAACACCAUGUGAAAGUGCUGGAGAGGUUUUUUUGCAGCGUCCUCACAUACUUAAAGGAAUUUCCCCAUCCAGGAAAGGACAGGGUAACAUUGCCAGCUUUGGUCUAGCUUUUCCUUCUAGUGGAUCUUUAUCCAGUACAAGUUGGACGGAUGUUUCUGAGAAGAAAAAUUCUGAAGAAUGGGGUAGCUUUCCUUUCUCCCCAGUAUUUGAUCUUACACUUAGAGACUCUGUUCAAGUGGACGGAAGAUCAAUGGAUGAUUGCAUUCAUCUUGUGUGUUGCGGGCUUUAUGAUCUUUUGUGUGGUGUUGUUCUCACCAUGCCUGAUGUAAUGGUGGUGGAUGUUUUCAAUGAAAUUAUUCAGCCAGAUGUACUUAUUGUAUUAGUUAAUCACCAAUCUCCUCUCAUUCAACAAGGAGUCUUAAAACUGUUGAAUUCAUAUUUUCAUCGAGCAUCCAAGGAAUAUAAAGAGGCCUUUUUAAAGAAAAGUGGUUUUACGUUGCUGGCCAACCAACUCUAUCUUCACCAGGGGAGUCAAAGGGUAAUAGAGUGCCUGCUGGAGAUGUUCUUCGGACGACACAUUGGGCUUGAUGAGGAAUUUGAAGUAGAAGACAUACGAAAUGUGGGUGUUUUUCAGAAGUGGUGCAUCAUACCUAUUCUUGGGUUGAUUGAGAAUUCCUUACACAAUGCCACCUUGCUGCAUAACUCAUUUUGCAUUUUGCUUCAGAUCCUCCAUUCAUGUUCAAAAGUAGCAGAUAUGCUCCUUGAUAGCGGUCUGCUGUAUGCUUUGUGUAACACACUGGUGACGUUAUGUGCUAUUGAAACACGUAUCUCCCUGGAUGAAUACAUUUUACUUGCCUGUGAUUUACAGCAGCUGCUGAUAGCUGUCACAAUCCAUGCCUGCAGUUCCUCUGGACCUCAGUAUUUUCGUAUUGUUGAAGAUUUAAUUAUACUACUUGGAUAUUUGACUGAAAGCAAAAAUGAAAACUUACAGUGCAUGGCAGUUUUAAUGCAGUUCAAAAUUUUGCAUUCAGCUAUUGAAUUUAUAAAGACUACUUCAUAUCAAGAUUCCCAUUCUGUGAGCAGCUUCAGCCAUUCUUCUCAUUUUAAGCAUCCUAAAAAAAGAGGUAUAUCUGCUGCUCAUAGAUUAUCCUUUGCCCAGUCCGACCCACUACUGAUGACCAUGCGUUCAGUUGCCAGCAGCGAGCUUACAGAAUUGAUGCACAGAAGAAUGAGUCAGGAAAAUCCAAUAAGGGCCUCAGAAUCAGAAUUUGUCCAACGGUUACAGAGAUUAACUGUCCUGUCUGUCAACAGGUUAAUUUACCAAGAAUUCUCAGAGAAAAAGACACACCAAGGAUUACGAGCGGAAUUACCAGAAGAUGAGAUGCAGUUGGAUGUUUGGUGUGUCAAAAAGGCAUUUCAAAGCGACCUGUUAAAAACUAUGAUCGAAGGAAUCAAGCUUUCAUUGGGUUCAGGUAGAACCAGCUCUCCCAAGAAUCCGUGGAAAAUAAUUCUGUUGCAGUGUAAUGAUACUUUCCGUGUUCAGCUUGGAAGACUCUUAGUACAUCUUUUCUCUCCGUCUCGACCCAUCGAAGAACGAAAAGAAGUCCUUGAAAUAGUCAAUGAACCUAAACAUGAAGACAUGUUAAAGGAAUGCCUAUGCCCAGGUUUACAACAUGGCCCCAAGUUAGCUCUUUAUGUCUUUGAGCUUUUGCACAAUCAUAAAGACAGUUUAACCAAAGAGGAUGAAGCUGCUGGAGUCUUAUUGAUGAAUGCUAUAAAGCAAGCUGGUUACAGAUGUAUCCCUCCAAGUGCGCCACUAAAAUCAGACCUUGUGAAAGCUGCUAAGGAGGAGCAAGAAAAAUAUGAAAAUGAAGAGAGAGCAAAUAAAUCAGCUUGGAAAAAAACUAUUUUGAAUAAUCAGCAAAAGCUUUUUCAGCGCUUGGAAACAAAACUGAAGGAGAUUUCCAAAAUUGCUGGUGAUGUAACACAAAACGUGUCUUUGUCACAAGGAAUGGAGCGAAAGAAUGUUAUACAGCAUAUUCGCAAUAUGUACAAAAUGGAUUUAAGUGCAAGCAGACAUUGGCAGGAACUUGUUCAGCAGCUAACUCAUGACAGGGCUGUGUGGUGUGACCCAGAAUCCUACCCUACCUCUUAUCAGCUUGAUCCCACUGAGGGUCCAAACAGGGAGAGACGACGCUUACAAAGGUGUUACCUAACCAUUCCAAACAAAUACAUCCUCAAAGACAGACAAAAAAAAGAUGAAAUUGUUAAGCCACCUUUAUCCUACAUUUUUGAAGAAAAAACACAUUCCUCAUUAUCUUCAACUGUAAAAGAGAAAGCUGCCAGUGAACUAAUAAGGGUCAAUCGAAGAUGCAUCAAUGUAGCACCAUCCAGAGAAACCCCUUGGAGAGCUCUUGUUAGGGAAGUCUGGGAUGUAUUUUGUAGAAGACUCUGCUCCUGACACCGUGGAAUCUAAUUCAUUGCUUGGUGAAUCAGAACCUGCUUCAUUUUCCUGGACUUAUGAAGAAAUUAAAGAAGUUCAUAAACGCUGGUGGCAGCUUCGAGACAAUGCUGUAGAAAUUUUUUUAACAAAUGGAAGAACCUUGUUGCUUGCGUUUGACAAUACCAAAGUGCGAGAUGAUGUUUACCAGAAAAUUUUAUCCAAUAAUCUUCCCAAUCUGUUGGAGUAUGGAAAUAUUACAGCUCUCACUCAGCUCUGGUGCUCUGGUCAAAUAACCAAUUUCGAAUACCUUACACAUUUAAAUAAGCACGCAGGGCGCUCCUUUAAUGAUCUAAUGCAGUAUCCGGUUUUUCCAUUUAUUCUAAGUGAUUACACAAGUGAGACACUUGACCUGAACAACACUAAUAUCUACAGGAAUCUUGUCAAGCCUAUUGCUGUACAAUCUAAAGAAAAGGAAGAUCGGUACAUAGAUAAUUACAAGUAUUUGGAAGAUGAAUACUGUAAAGGAGAUAAAGAAGAUGAUCCAAUGCCUCCAGUGCAGCCAUAUCAUUAUGGAUCACAUUAUUCAAACAGUGGCACCAUACUGCAUUUCAUGGUCCGAAUGCCUCCUUUCACCAAAAUGUUCCUGGCAUAUCAAGAUCAAAGUUUUGAUAUCCCUGACAGAACAUUUCAUUCUAUGAAUACAACAUGGCGUUUGUCUUCCUAUGAAUCAAUGACUGAUGUCAAAGAGCUUAUUCCGGAAUUUUUCUAUUUGCCUGAAUUUUUGGUGAAUAGAGAAGGUUUUGACUUUGGUGUACGUCAAAAUGGAGAACGGGUAAAUCAUGUUAACCUUCCACCUUGGGCUCGAAAUGAUCCACGUCUUUUCAUCUUGAUUCAUCGCCAAGCUCUAGAGUCAGACCAAGUGUCCCAGACAAUUUGUAAUUGGAUCGAUCUUGUAUUUGGCUACAAACAAAAAGGGCGUGCUGCUGUGCAAGCCAUCAAUGUGUUCCACCCAGCUACUUAUUUUGGGAUGGAUGUUUCAGCAGUUGAAGAUCCUGUUCAAAGACGGGCACUGGAAACAAUGAUUAAAACAUAUGGCCAAACACCACGACAGCUGUUUCAUGGUGCACAUAUAUGCCGCCCAGGAUCGAAGCUUCUCAUAGAAGGAGAACUCCCCGCUGCCAUGGGAUUGCUAGUGCAGCUUGCAUUCAGAGAAAACAGAGAAAGCUCAAAGGAGCCUUCUUACCCUAGUCCAUUACCUUGGAUAAAAGGGUUGAAAUGGGGAGAAUACGUUGGCUCCCCAAGUUCUCCCGAUCCUAUUGUGUGCUUCAGCCAGCCCCAUGGAGAGAGGUUUGGUUCGCUACAAGCUUUACCAACUAGAGCUAUUUGUGGCUUAUCAAAAAAAUUCUGCUUAAUGAUGAGCUACAGUAAGGAGCAAGGUGUCCGGAGUAUGCACAGCACUGACAUUCAGUGGUCAGCAAUUCUCAGCUGGGGAUAUCCUGAUAACAUUCUAAGACUGAAGAGUAAGCAAAGUGAACCACCUGUGAAUUUCAUACAGUGUUCUGAACAUCACCAGGUAACAAGUUGUGCGUGGGUGCCAGACAGUUGUCAACUUUACACUGGGAGCAAAUGUGGAGUCAUCACUGCAUACCUGAAUCGUUUCACUAAUGCAACGCCGAUGGAAAUUGAAGUUGAAUCCCGAGUGCACCUGUAUGGUCAUACUGGAGAAGUAACCAGCCUGUUUGUCUGUAAACCCUACAGCAUAUUAAUUAGCGUUAGCAAAGAUGGAACCUGCAUAAUAUGGGAUCUAAACAGAUUGUGUUACGUUCAAAGCCUAACAGGCCACAAAAGUCCAGUAACUGCAGUCUCUGCAAGUGAAACAACAGGAGACAUUGCAACUGUUUGUGACUCGGUUGGAGGAGGAAGUGACCUACGAUUAUGGACUGUGAAUGGAGAUCUAAUUGGACAUGUACAUUGCAGAGAGAUUAUAUGCUCCAUUGCAUUUUCUAACCAACCCGAAGGAGUAUCUGUUAAUGUAAUUGCUGGUGGACUUGAAAAUGGCAUUGUCCGGUUAUGGAGUACCUGGGAUUUGAAACCAGUUCGAGAAAUAACAUUCCCAAAAUCCAAUAAGCCAAUUGUAAGUCUUACUUUUUCCUGUGAUGGUCAUCACCUCUACACAGCAAACAGCGAAGGAACGGUGAUUGGCUGGUGUCGCAAGGACCAACAACGCCUGAAAUUGCCCAUGUUUUAUUCAUUCCUCAGCAACUAUGCAGCAUGUUAA